GGUACAAGCAAAGAAACCCUACGAGGACCUGCGAAUUUUAGACUGUAGUCUUGAAAUAUACGUUAUUUCGGGAUCUGAAGGACUUUGUCUUACUAUUCCUAUUUUUAUUUUUUACAAAUUUACUACUUUGGAAAUAUUCAAUUAAAUAUCUUGUUUAUUAAAACUUUAACACAAAAAAGAUGGAGUUGUCGGAUAUCCCCUUCCCCAUCCCAUCAGCUGAUGAUUUCUACGACGACCCUUGCUUUAACACCAACGACAUGCACUUCUUUGAAGACCUGGACCCCAGGCUCGUUCACGUGAGCCUGCUCAAACCCGACGAGCAUCACCACAUCGAGGACGAGCACGUGAGGGCGCCCAGUGGGCAUCAUCAGGCCGGCAGGUGCCUACUGUGGGCAUGCAAAGCUUGCAAGAGAAAAACUACCAAUGCUGAUCGUCGCAAAGCCGCCACCAUGAGAGAGAGGAGGCGACUGAGCAAGGUCAACGACGCUUUCGAGACCCUCAAAAGGUGCACGUCCACCAACCCGAACCAGAGGCUGCCCAAAGUGGAGAUUCUGAGAAACGCCAUAAGUUAUAUCGAGUCUCUGCAGGCGCUGCUCAGGAGCCAAGAGGAAAACUACUACCCCGUUCUGGAACAUUACAGUGGAGACUCUGAUGCUUCCAGUCCGAGAUCUAACUGCUCUGAUGGCAUGAUGGAUUUUAUGGGCCCAACAUGUCAGACGAGAAGACGGAACAGCUAUGACAGCUCUUACUUCAAUGACACACCAAAUGCUGACGCACGGAAUAAUAAAAACUCAGUAGUGUCGAGUUUGGAUUGUCUGUCCAGCAUCGUGGAGCGAAUUUCUACAGAGACUCCUGCAUGUCCCGUGCUGUCAGUACCGGAGGGGCACGAAGGGAGCCCGUGUUCUCCGCAUGAGGGGUCUGUCCUGAGUGACACCGGGACCACCGUACCGUCCCCGACCAGCUGCCCUCAACAGCAGGCUCAGGAAACCAUUUAUCAAGUGCUUUAAAAAUCCGCAACAUUUCAAAACAAAUUGAAAGAGACAAUCUGAAUCAAGAAACUUUAAGCAGAAAAAGGCGAAUCCGAUCUUAAACGACAAAAAAGACUUUUGAUCCACUACUGGAAGAUUUCUUCUCUUUCUUUCUUUCUUUCUUUCUUUCUUUCUUUCUUUCUUUCUUUCUUUCUUUCUUUCUUUCUUUUUUUCUUCCUUUUUUUCUUUAUGCUGUGGAAAAUGUAAUUCCAAUAUGAGAAAGACUCAGCAGACCAUCAGAAGUGAGUUUCUUAACUAAGCUUAUUUAUAUUAUUAUAUCCACGUGAAAAUGUGACCAUAUUUUUUCCCUUUGUGAAUAUAUUUUCUGUCAUCAUCACCUUUUAUUUUCCUAAUUAUUUACGGAAAAAAAUCGUAAUCCAGAUACGAAUAGCAGGACCAUUUUUGUAAAUGUGUAAAUAAGAUCUGUUUUGUUAAAGCGACGAAAACGAACAAACAUAUUAUUGUAUUUAAUGAUGCCUGUUUGAAACACUAGUUUGUUGUGUCUUGUGUUAAACUUUAUAUUUAUACUUCUUAAACGAGUGAAUGUCGGAUUAAUAAAAUAACUAUUUAUACUGGAAUA